AUGCGUCCGCGACUCUGCCCGCCAGUGCCGCCGUACCACCCGAACCCAGGCAUGGUUCAUGCGGCUCGACGCCGUUCUCGUGGUGAAUGGGGUCAAGGACUGGCUCAUGUCAACCGGCCUGUUCAGGAAGACUUCCGGGGCACCACACGCGGUGCCGGCCUGUACUUCUCGUUCCGCAGGCGAAGCAGCGUAAGCCGCGAUGAGGCCUUCCUGGGCGGUCGCAGCAUCCCGUCGCUGCCACUGGCCGUCUCGGCCGUGGCGUCCAGCGUGACAGCCAUGAGCAUCGUCGCCUUCGUGGCGCACUACUACGUCUACGGAUUCCACACCCUCUGGGCCAUCCCGGCGUUCGUGCCUGCGGGCUUCGUGGUCACCACCAUGUUCCUGCCCGUCAUGUACGAGCACAGGGUCACGUCCGUCUUCGAGGGGCUCAUCAUGACCGCCUCGCCGCUCAUCAUCAUCGGCAAGAUCGUCUUCGACUCGGUCCACAGCGAAAUGCCCAUGCGACCGAUCACGGACUUCAACACCACCUUCUACUUCUGGGAGACCAAAGCGGACAUCACCACCGACGAGACUGUGUGGGCAGCGGCGAUCGGCGCUCUCCCUCUGCACCUCGUCCGGCUGGGCCUGGACCAGAUGAUUACGCAGCGAUUCCUGGCGGCCAAAACGAUGCGCGACGCCAAAGCAGUAGCCUUUUGCUGCAUCGGCAUUCUGUCCUUCUUCUACGCUCUCAACGGAAUAACGGCUCUCGCCAUCGUUUUCUGGUUUAGGGACUGCGACCCGGUUCUCAAGGGAGACAUCCCACGUUACGAUCAGAUCGUGCCGUACUACAUCAACACGAGCGCUAGUGCACUGAUGGGAAUCCGGGGCCUCUUCCUGGCUGGCGUCAUCAGUGCCUCCAUAAGUACAAUAUCCUCCAUCGUAAACUCUCACGCAGCCGUUCUGUACGUGGACAUCGUGACGCCGUACAUCAAUAUAUCCGAGAAGAGAUCGGGUUUCGUGAUGGCGGCGCUGGCGGCCGGAAGUGGCACCAUUAUGACGCUCCUUGGCCUCCUGGUGCCCUACAUUGGAUCGGCGGCGAGGUUCUUCAUCGCCCUCUACGCCGCAGCGUCUGGACCGUUCGCGGGAAUAAUUAUCUUGGCCACCUGUUUCCCGUGGUCGAACGCAAAGGGCACCGCGAGUGCGGCGCUGGGCGUGUUCCUGCUGCAAAUAUGGCAGACGGCCGGCCGGUUCGCGUCCAACGCGGAAGCGGUUCGGAUGACGUACAGCGUGGACAGCUGUCCCGCCAACACCACUUCCGCGGCCAUCAACGAGACCCUGCCUUACGUGCCACGGACAGCUCUGUGUCUCCGUUGUGUUUACCUAAUGUCGCCUCCGUGCAGCCCCGACGUGUUUGCUCUGUACCGCCUGUCGGCCUACUGGUGUUGCCUGUUCGCCACGUUACUCACCGUGGCCAUAGGUCUGGUCCUUAGCAUCCUGACAGCUCGAGCCGAGGACGACCUGGAGAAGACAGCCAGCCUGUCGAGUCCCAUAGCCCUGAAGUUCUGGGCGUGGACCGGACUGCUUCCGCGCCUAAAAAAGGAACCACUACGACUCGUAGUCAACGGCGAUGGCAUCAAGGCGUCACCUUACGAGAUACAACCGCUACGGUCAAACGGCGACGCCAUCAACCUCCUCACGAAGUUCACCGGCAAGAACGGGCUACACGUGACGUGUACAGAUCAAGGGGACCUCUAG